AUGGACCUCGGUCCUGACCCAACACGUCUAGACCACGAAGGCAUCAUUCGCUUCUUGUUAGAGCGGAUGACGGACGGGAAGCUCCCGCGAGGCUGUAUUAACGACGCUGCUGCGUACUUCAGCUGCACACGGCAGACAGAGGUGCUGAAGGCCGUACCUGCCAUCGAGAGGACAUCCUACCGAGCUUUGGCAGUUGCCACUGGGAUUCCUACCUUUCACAACCAGCCGCCACGUAGCCCCGACUUUAAUGAACUCGACCUUGGCUUCUUUUCCAGUAUUCAAGCUUAA